AUGAACACUACCACGGGCACUUCGAAAACGGCCUCUGCUGCUAAUACGACAAGUCUGGCAUCCUCAAAAACCAUAAAACAAAUUGGUGAAACCGUAUGGAAGAAUCGUACUGUUAAGAUCAACGCGGAGCUAUUUACUCUAACGUAUGGAUCCAUAGUUUCUCAACUAUGUCAAGAUUACCAGCGUGAUUUCAAGAAAGUAAACGAUCAAUUGUUUUCAAUGGGCUACAAUAUUGGAAUAAGGCUUAUCGAAGACUUCCUAGCUCGUACUGCCAUUCCAAGAUGCGACAACUUUGUCACCACAAGUGAGGUGAUCAGUAAGUGUGCAUUCAAAAUAUUUCUAAAUAUAACUCCACAUGUCACCAACUGGUCCAAUACAAAGAACUCUUUUUCUCUAAUAUUCGAUGAAAACCCUCUAUCCGACUUCGUUGAAUUACCUAUGGAUGCGUCGAAGGAGCUAUGGUAUUCUAAUAUAUUAUGUGGUGUUCUAAAAGGUGCCCUGGAAAUGGUACAACUGGACUGUGAGGUGUAUUUUGUAUCUGAUGUGUUAAGAGGAAAUACACAGACUGAACUUAGGGUAAAACUAAACAAAGUUUUGAAAGAUGAGAUGCCUGCAGGGGAGGAUUGA